CACGAUGAACAGUUCGAUUAAAAGCUUAGUCACGUUAUCGUUGCUACUCUGUUCUUUAUCACGAUCUUCCGAAUCGAAAGAUGCGAAGGAUAAGAGUUCCAGGAGUCAGGCUAAGACAUUUGGAAAGCAUCCAAACGGAGGAUUGAUCUCAUUCGAUUCAGGAGAAAAACAAUUCAGCAUCGAUUUUACUGUAACUAUUCCUUUUAUCACGCUACCACUCGAACGGAGGAUAGGGGAAAAUGGUGAAUCAGUAUCACCGUUGCUGAAUAUUAAUUCAAAAGGACUUGGAAUCGUUGGAUUACUGACUACGUUAUUAGGCAUAACUUCACCAUUAUUAUCCAAAACACAUCAUCAUUACAAUUAUCGUACUGACAGCGGGCAAUGGUUGGAAAUGGGAAGCAUGAACGAAAUCCUUUUUGGCAACAAUUACGUAGUUCCGUGCGUGCAACGCGUCGUUUGCUCGCUCGUUUCAGUGGCCUCGCACACGGAGAAUCCCACGAGCAUGGAUAAAAUAAUCGAUGGACUCUCAAGUCACAAGUGGUUCAAAGACGCGACGAACGGCACCAUCGUUCAAGACGCUGUGGCUACUGGGCGUAAGGGAGACUACGAUUGCGCUCACGUUUAC